AAAGUUCAGAGGCAAAGGGGUGAAAAGGAGGAUUUAUGGAAGGAAUACUUAUACUAUCAGAUAGAUCAAAAUCAUCGACUAAAAUGUUAUAAACUUCACAAACCAUUUUUAGAAUUUCCAAAUUGGAGAAAAUAAAGAAAAUGGUAACAACUAGAGGGAAAAGCAAAUGAAUAUGGAAAGCACAAAGCAGUAGGGUAGCUGAACAGAGGCUGUAAUGAUCGACUUUGCCACUAUAAAUCAUGAUUAGUGAUUCAGUGAUCCUGAUUAAUUCUUCCUCAAUGCAAAGAAUCACAAAAGAGUGGGAUUCAAAAAUCAAAAUUUCAAAAGAGAAAAUGACAGUCAGAACGUGGUCAGUUCUCAUCCUUCUUGACUGUGUUUGAAAAUCAAAACUAAAUCACCAAAAUCAUUAUCCAGAUAACCCUUUUUCAAUUCAAAACAUCUACAAAUUACAUUCCUCACAGGACCCUACCAUGGAAAGCCUAAAGGCAAAUGACCCUAGUGUUAAAAGUCCUCAAGUGGAGAAGCUACAAGAGCAGUUCAUGAAUUUGCAACAAGAGUGGAAGUCAUACAAACAGUCCUACCCCAAAACCAAGAGGAGAUCAUAUUCUUCAUCAUCAAGCACCAUGGCCAAAACCCGAUCAAGGCACCUCAUGUCUUCACCUCAGCACAGAAUGUUUCCCUCGGAAGGCGAUAAUUGGAAUGUCAGGACUAAUGAUCUUGCAGUGGAAGAGAUCAGAAGAGACCGAAGGGCGGCGAUUGAGAGUGGCAAGUUGAAGGGGAGGAGGCUGUUUGAGGAUGAGCAUGAAGAAACUGAGAUUGGUUAUGGAGGAGAAGAGAGUGAAUGGGGUAGCUGGGAUGAUUGGGAUCAGGAGAGUGAGGUGAGAUCACUUCCAUUAUGUGGUUCUGGUGGUGAAGAAGUUGAAUCAGGUAAGAGCAAAGAGAUUAAAGUUUGUUUUCAGGAUUCCAUUUCAUCUUUGACCUCUUCCCCAUGUGGUGAGAAAAUGAAGGAAGAAGAGAAACUGGUGACUGUGGAAGAGAAGGAGGUUGUUGAGAAUAAAGGGGGUAAUUGGGUAAGGUGCAUUGUUGUGAUCAUGCCUGUGAUUGCCAUUGCUGCACUUAUAUUUGCAAUUUGCAGUAUCACGGGUCUUUAUGGAUAUGGGAAUGAACAUUAUGAGCUAAUUCUAGUCCCAACGUGAUAUUCUCUCACUCUUAUUAGUUAAAGAGUUAUUUCUUAUUAUUCGAGUUCAAUCACCCUCUCCUUUUUAUUACUCCACGAUUUUCUUAUGCAGGUCAGAUAAACGUUACAUUCAUGGUGUUAGAGACAUAUAUAAGAU